GAUAUGAUGAUAAUCUGAAAGAUUACUUUGAAGUUGACAAUGGUUUUUCCCAUUAUAACUCUAUUGAUAAUGAACCAGUAAAAAAUGAUAAUGCUGCAAGCAUUAUAGAAAAACUUUGUAAAGCAACAAGAAAGUAUUACCAGGAACAUGCUUCUCGAGAAGUACAUAAGUUACGUUAUAUAGGAAAUUCAAGUCAUACUAAAAGAAGAAAGAAUCAACAGCAGCGUGAAGCAGCAAAAGGGACUCUUACUUUACAUACCUUUUGGAAUACCAAGAAAUCUGAAGAAAUUGAUGAGGAGCCGACUGAAGAGACUAAUGUAAAAGAAUCAGAUGAUGAAAUUGAAGAUUGUGAUUGGCAUAAUAAAAUUCAGGUUGCUCUCAAAAAUCUAAUAUUAGAUCUCAAAAAAGAAAAGGUUAAUAGUGAGAUUUGGAUACGUCUAAAUAGUAUUCAACUUUAUCUUCAACUUAUAAAAUCUAAUUAUUUAAAAAUGAACACAAGUGAGAUUGUUGCUAAUGCAGCAGGAAAAGGGGUAUAUCAUACCAGAUGCAUUCAUUCUUGGGCAAAUGAUUAUAUAAUGACCCAUAAAAUUCCUUACUCUCGUCGAGGAUAUCAUGCAAAGAUGCCAAUUUUCUCUGGAGACAAUUUGGAGGAAGUAACAUGGCUAGGUGAUAAUGUACAACCACUUAUUCUUGUCACACAUGAUAAAU